AUGCACUUUUCCCUCGUGGUGGUUGUGUUGUUUUGCGCGCAACACCACCCCACCGCAGCGGUCCCCAAACCCAGCAAGUGUUCCCCCCGUUGUGACGUCACUAAGUGCCCCAGUCCCAUCUGUCUCGGCGGCUACGUGCCGGACCACUGUAACUGCUGCCUGGUCUGCGUCCGGGCGGAGGGGGACGCCUGCGGCGCCAAAAACGACCCUCCCUGCGGACAGGGGCUGGAGUGUAAACUGCUCUCUAGUCCGGUGAAGCGGCCGGCCUCGAAGCGGACGUGCCAGUGUAAGACGACCCACAGGGUGUGUGGCAGUGAUGGGAAGACGUAUGGCAACGUGUGCAAGCUGAGAGCAGCCAGCCGUAAGCUGAUCCAGAAGGACUGCCCGCUCCCCCCCCCCCCCCCCCUUCUGCAGAGCGAGGACAGCCCCAGCCCCAAGCGCCAGCGGCUGUCCAGCCAGUCGGUGCUGGAGCAACUGACCUCGGCGGCCCCGCCUCCGCCCACGCCGUCCCCCCCCAUCCGGCCCUGGGAGCUGGGGCACCCCAGCCGCCGGCCGCCCCACCCCCACCCCCACCCCCACCCUCACCCCCACCCCCACCCUCACCCCCACCCCCACCCUGCCUUCCACCAGGAGAGGUGUCUGACCCCAGGCCGCCAGAGACGCAGCCCCCCAGCGAGGCGUCAGCGGGGCCGCCCGGCCAGACCCUCCCGCCACCCCCCCCCCCAGCUCCACCACCUGCCCCAGCAGCAGCAGCAGCAGCAGCAGCAGCAGCAGCACCCCUCCCCCCUCGGCCCCGGGGCCCGCCUCUCCCCCACCGACCCCCAGAACGAGAACUACCACCACCCCCCCCCGCCCCCGCCCCCGCCCGCCGCCCCCCACCCCGCCGCCGCCGCCGCCACCGCGCACCACGCCUUCCCCGCCCACGCACACGCCUCCUACGGCCAGCCCGCCUCCGUCGGGACCGGGGGGGCGCCGCCCCCCCCCGCCGAGGAGCCCAGGGCCUUCCACCCCCCCACCCUGUCCUCACGCCUGCUGCACCACCACCACGCCCACCACCACCACCCGGCGCACCCCCACCCCCACCCCCACCACCACCACCACCACCACCAGCAUCCCCACCCCCACCAGCACCACGCCCACCCCCACCCCCACCACGCCACGCAGCAGGGGGCGAUGGUCCUGGACCUGCACGAGCAGCUGCAGCAGCAGGGUAGCGUGCCGGUGUCCUACACCAUGACCCCCGUGCCCCCCCACGGCCUUGCCGGCCCAAUGUGCAGCGGCCAGCACCUCCCCCCCGCCUGCUCCUCCCAGCAGCAGGUUCCCAGCUGCAGCGUGGUCUUCAGCACGGGCCAGCACUACCACCCGAUGCUGCAGGCCUGCUCGGUGCAGCACCUACCCGUGCCCUACGCCUUCCCCUCCCUGCUGUCCAGCGACCCCCAGUUCCUGCUUCCCCCCCCACCCCACCUCUCCCCCCACCCUCCCCACCUGCCCCCCCCCAGCCCCUUCCUGCCCUUCCAGGCCCAGCAGCCCCGCUCGCCCUUGCAGAGGAUCGAGAACGACGUGGAGCUGCUAGGCGACCAACUGUCAGUGGGCGGGGGCUACAGCUACCCCCACCACCCCCACCACCACCCCCACCACCACCACCACCACCAGCACCAGCAGCAACAGCAGCAGCAGCAGCAGCAGCAGCAGCAGCAGCACCACCACCACCACCACCAUCAGACCCCCUCCUCCCCCCUGCAAUUCCUCUCCCACCACGACCCAAUGUCGCAGGAGCUGUUCACCGUGCCCUACCCCCACUUCAUGCCUCGGCGAAUCACAGGCCGGCGCUAUCGCUCGCAGCACACGGUGCCCCCGUCACCCUAUCACCCCAGCUUCCUGCCCUACGUCCUCUCCAUGCUCCCCGUAGCCCCCGCCGUGGGCCCCGCCGUGGGCCCCACCAUCAGUCUGGAGCUGGACGUGGACGAGGGAGAGGUGGAGAACUACGAGGCGCUACUGAACCUGGCCGAGCGACUGGGCGAGGCGAAGCCCCGCGGUCUGACCAAGGCCGACAUCGACCAGCUGCCCUCGUACCGCUUCAACCCCAGCAACCACCAGUCAGAGCAGACCAUGUGCGUGGUCUGCAUGUGUGACUUCGAGACGCGCCAGCUGCUGCGAGUGCUGCCCUGCAACCACGAGUUCCACGCAAAGUGUGUGGACAAGUGGCUCAAGGCUAACCGGACGUGUCCUAUAUGCCGAGCAGAUGCCUCAGAGGUCCAGAGAGAUUCUGAGUGACCUCCUCCUCAUCCCUCCCUCUCUCCUCCCCCCCUCCCCUUGGGGGGGGGGGAGGGGAGGCGCGUUCUGCACACCCAGCUGCCACAAACCUGCAAACCUGUGAACUUCUUUUUCUUCCCCUUUUUCGCGUGUCCCACGCUCCACCACCGAGGGUGGGUUAUGGGACCAGUAUAGACCAGUACCGUCGUGAUCCGCGACCAGUCCAGCCUCCAGGAUAUUGGGACCGUGGUCCUGCCGACCCGGGAAUACAGGAAACAAACAAACAAGCAUUUAGUUGUAAGAGGAAAGCCUUCUGCGCCAAGUGUCUGACUCAAGGACUACUGAACCCCCCUCAGCUCUCUGCCUUUAACUCAUGGUGACUCUUAACUAGCAAUGGCCUUUUGACACACACACACACACACACACACACACACACACACACACACACACACACACACACACACACACACACACACACACACACACACACACACACACACACACACACACACACACACACACUAAUGAAAACUUGCAGGUGGACAUGCAAUCUUCUCUUAUUAAAAACAAAAUGACCUGUGAUUGGGGUAGUGUGAACUAACGAAGGACAGAUGUGGAAAUCCAAAGAGUUUUGACAUUUUCAUCAUUAUUAUUAUUAUGAUCACGGUAAAGUAUAGAUCACACAUCGCCAGUUUGUAUGUCCGAUUUCACAAGGCUUGUGGGGUUUUAUGUUCUGUCUGUUAACAUUCCUUGUGUGGCAACAUUGUGGGGUCACAACAAAAAUACUGUAUACUGCCUGGUAGAUCGAGCUGUGUGUGUGUGUGUGUGUGUUACUCAACCAUGUUAUUUAUACAGUAGUCAUGCGGUAUAGUACACUGAUCUCUUUGAAUUCCCGUUUUUCUACUAAUGAUUUCCCGUUGUACUUCUGAUGGUUGUGGCUUGAUCGGAUGGCUUCGCUUCACUUAAAGGGCUCCAGAUUAAUCCAGUUUUUAUUUUAUCGCGUCCCCUUCUCAACCAGGAUUUGCUAUCAGUUUCCGCUGAUUAUUAUUGUUUUUUCCUACUCCACACCACACCCACAUCACUACAGCAACUUACAUCAACCAUCGUCUUACCAAUAGAUUCCCCGGUGAUAGGUGUAUGAUUAGGUCUGGGUGCCAUGUUAUUACUUUACUGUCACAGCAACACGUGAAGAUGCGCGGAUAUGUUUUCUCUUGGCUACCUCUACGUUCCUUCAAAACUUAAGCAUCACAACUUAAACCAUGCUUAUCCUGCAGUCUCCCCUUCGUUUUGAUCGGUCUUCACAACACACACAAACAGUAUAGACCCUCGCCAUUCUCCCCCAGAUGUUCUCAGUGGGGUUGAAUCCCAACCCUACAUUGGGAGGGCCGUGAAGACCCUGGAUGUGCCUGCUGAAAGAGACCUAGGCUUGUCUCUGUGCGACAGAGAGAAGAUUCUCGUAGUGUUUAUAUUUUUUUUAACCAUCAGAGCACACGUCUUUUUGUCUUUCUCCAAGCGGAUCUCUCUCUGACGAUGGAUUGGAUACUUAAGCACUUUAUUGUUUUUAAAUACACCAUAGCUCACAACUUUGUAGAUCUAUUUCUGAAUACGUUUUCUUUCUCUGAAUAUUUCCCCCCUGAUUCUUGUUAUAUGAACUGAUAUUUUGGGGCGUUCAGAAGUCCGUUUUUCUCAUCAGAGUCCUGGACGAAAAGCAGGGAUGAGGGUCUACUUCUGAACUUUGCCCUGUGUAACGCGUGUGUGUGUGUGUGUGUGUGUGUGUGUGUGUGUGUGUGUGGGUCUACUGUCUAAAAAUCCUUCUUUUUUUUUGACGCCCUCCAAUGAGGAUCCUAGCGUGUGAACGUGUUCCGUAUCGUCUCACAGAAACAGUAUAUUUUCGUUUGCAGUAGGCCUACAACAACAACCUGAAUCUUUAAUAAUCAUCUAGUGAUCGACAGAACGACAAACAUAUUGGAUCGAAAUGGGUGUUUAGUUGUGUGCGACGAUUGGCAAGCUGUGACAGGGGAAACUGCACGAGGUGGGCUAUUUUAGUGCGCCGUCUGGACUGCUGCUGCGGUGUUAAAAAGGUGAAAUGAAAGAGUCUGUGUUGGGUAGGGGUCGUCGCUGCCUCCUAUCGGCGGCUCCGCGGUGGCCCCGUCCUCCUGAACCCCGGCGCAGCAUAGUCUGACCGAGACGGGUGACUCGGCUCAUAACUAUUCUACAGUGUUGUUGUGUGGAAUAUUGCGGUAUCCAUGGUGUCGGACGAAAAUACGUUGUACUUAUUUAAUUUCUUUCCUCUCCCAGGGUUCGGAGGUCGUUUUUUGUUACCAUGGUAAUCACUCUACUUUAAUGUCACCGCAUUGUUUCCUAUGUUAGUCGGUUCCCUCCUGCUUGGUAAGCUAGCAGUUACCUCAGUUCCAUUAUUUAUGCGUUUUUUUCUGAAUAUGCCGCGUUUUUUUGUAUAAUACAUUUCCAUCUUAUUUUUUCUCUCUUUUUUUGUUCACGAUUUAAAAAGGAUACAUGGAAGGCCCCCCAUUGUUAAAUGCAGUGAAAGUGGUUGCGAUUGUGUAUAUCUGUAACCAAAAUCAUUUGAAGACCAGAAAUAAUGAUGAUGAAAUUUUUAACAAAACAUACAUUUGUAAAUUUUUUAUGAGAGUUAUUACUAGUGAUGCUUUAAGUAGUGCAAUGUUUUGGGUUUACCGGUUUUUGUUUUUAUCCCUGUCUUUUGAAUUUGAAAGGCUGGUUCAAUAAUAAAUGUAUAACGUCUUCUUCUAUUA